CCGCCUGUGUUGAUAACGAGCACGGGAACAGUGUUUGAUGAUACAAACCGGCUUUAACGUUCCCUUUAGAUAUAUUUAUUGUUUAAAAAUAUACUUUAUUUUUUCUUAAGUCAUGACAGAAAUAUUUUCAACUCUGUUUGGCCAAAGCGAUUCUCAGGCACCCACGAAUUCAGCGGCUCUAGGUUUUGGAGCGGGAAAACCGCCACCUCCGCUCCCGCAGAACGCAGCUCCGUUGCCCUCUCAACUCUCAGGACAGCUCGGGGAUGAAGGGCCUACAGCCCGGAAAUCAGGAGUCAUUAACGAGCCGUUCUAUUUACUGCGAGAACUGCCUGUCGGAAACGAUUUAACGGGAAACACAAACCUGAUCACACACUACAACCUGGAACAUGCAUACAAUAAGUUCUGUGGUAAAAAGGUGAAGGAAAAACUCAGCAACUUUCUACCGGAAUUACCAGGUAUGAUAGACAGCCCAGGGGUUCAGGAUGGCAGUUCACUGCGCACCCUCAUAGAGAAACCUCCAGUGUGUGGAAACUCAUUCAGCCCACUGACUGGAGCACUUCUGACUGGCUUCAGACUACACACUGGACCGCUUCCAGAGCAGUACAGACUGAUGCACAUUCAACCUCCGAAGAAGAAAAGCAAACAUAAACACAGACAUCAUCGACCUCAGGAUCCUAUACCACCAGAAACACCGUCAGACUCUGAUCCCAAGAAGAAGAAGAAAAAGAGGGAUGAUGAUCCUGAACGCAAGAAGAAAAAGAAGGACAAGAAGAAGAAAAAGAAUCGCCACAGUCCCGAUCACCCUGGUAUUACUAGUUCUCAGCCCAACAGCAAUAGUCUGAGAUAGAGACACUGUAUACUGUGUGUGUGUGUGUGAGAGAGAGAGAGAGAGAGAGAGAGAGAGAGAGAGAGAGAAAAUGUGUGCAUGUGUGCCAAUGCUAUGAUUGUGUUGUUUUUUUCUAGCUGAUGUCGACACUGAUUCUGGUUUCAGAUCAGUUGUAUUUCCAGUAUUCUUUUGCUUCAUCAUUUGAUGACUUGAAUAAAUUUUUGGUACUCUACUGCA